GCAACGCCGUGUCGGGAUAGCUAGUAUAUAUAUAUAUAUAAAGGUAUAAUAUCGAGUGCCAGAUUUAAUCAUUGUGCCGCUUUAAGCAUUAAACAAAUUGCCCCCUUUUAUUAUAAACAGGGACGGCGCCAAGGGUGGGCGAGGGUGGGCGAUCGCCCACCCAGGAUUAGUUCUCGCCCUGCUCUCGCCCCCCCCCCAGAUAUUUUAACUCCUAUUAACUGGUGUGUGACUAUGGAGCACUAUAAAAAGCUAUUUCCCCAACGGCCCCAAGUCCCAACUUUUGUAAUAUAAACGAUUUUUGAACACAAGUAAUAUUCUGAGAUUUCGAAUAACCGGACCAUGGCCAGCUGGUUUCCUCAUAAUGUUUAUCGACGAUUAUUCACCAUCACUGUAGCAGUGUAGUGCUAUACUUUAAAGUUUGUACAGUUUACGAGUGUAUUUAUUUUGAUUUAUUAUUUCGUAAUCGUAAAUAAUAAAUAGGAUGAUUAUGUUCAUUGUUCCACUCUCCGUAAUUUUGCCGUAAUCGAUAAAAGUGCCACGAUUAAAUGUUUAAAAAUAGCGGCGUUCGCCUAUUAGUCGGGUUUCCCACACAACUUGUCAUUGCUCGACAUAUUUUGUUCAUUGUAUAUGUAUGUGUGUGUUAAUGCGCCCGCUUUGCCGCAUUUUGUUUGUAUAUAGAUAUAAUAGAUACAUUUCAUAUUUAUAUUAAUCUCAACAUUCUCAACAAUCAUAACGGCAACACUCGCGACAGUUUAUACUUAAUAGUCACCGAUGACGACUGUAUGACCAGUUUAAGCGUUUAACACGUUAAAAUAUCAAAAUGAGUGUUAGAAAAAUUGAUUCUUACUUUGGUCCUCAAACUAGUUUGACUAAUGAAGAAGAAUUACAAAAAAAAACAAAAAACUACAAAUACAGUGGCGGAAAUUACUAAUUUGGUGCAAUCAUGGGAUGUGCAAAGUGAUUUAGACAUAAACACAAGCAGUUGUGACGAAUCGUCAACAGAUUCAGACGGUGCUGAUUGUGAUUUAGUAAAAACUGCACGUAACAAAGAUCAAGUAAGCAUUAAAUCUUUAUUACCUCAAAGUGGACCAUGUGACAUCACACAAGUUGUUUCUGAUAACCCUACUCAGCCGGUGUUAAAAAAUUAUCCACGAACAAAAUUUGGCAAAGAAUGGCGAAAUUUUCAUUCUGAAUGGUUUAAGUUGUAUCCAUGGUUAGAAUAUAGUAUUUUGGAAAAUUCAUGUUAUUGCUUCCCUUGUCGAAUUUUUUCAACUGAUCCUUCUGGAUCUCCAUUUUCCGAAUCGGGAUUUAAGAAUUGGAAAAAUGCCAUGGAAAAAAAUAGUGGUAUAAAGCAACAUGAUAAAUCAGUUUCACAUAAAUUAUGUAUGACUAAAUGGGAAGGAUAUAAAAUGACUGAAAAAACUGAUAAAUCUAUUUUAGCCCUUAUUAAUAAAGAAAAUGAGACACUAAUAAAAGAAAAUCGUUAUUAUAUUGCAACAGUUGCAGAAAUAUUACUUUUUACAGCCCGUCAAAACAUUGCUCAACGGGGAGAUAAUGAAAGUGGUGAAAGCAUAAAUAAAGGUAAUUUUUUAGAACUUUUAAAUCUUUGUGCUAAAAGAGAUAAAAGAUUACAAAAAAAAAUCGAUGAGUUGCCUAAAAAUGCAAAAUAUACACAUCACAGUAUACAAAACGAAAUACUUAGUAUUAUGAGUCUAAUGGUUAUUGAAUCAAUUGCAAAUGAGGUACAAAAAUCUAAAUACUUUUCAGUUUUGGCGGAUGAAACCAAAGACAUCAGUAAAACUGAACAAUUAUCAAUUAUGGUACGUUAUUUUUAUAACAAUACAGUAAAUGAACGGUUUUUGGGAUAUGUACCUUGUUCUGAACUAAAUGCCAAGGCCUUGUUUGAAUUUAUUAAGAAAACUUUAGCAGCUUCUGGAAUAAACAUCCAAAAUUGCAUAGCACAGACCUAUGAUGGUGCUUCCGUAAUGAGUAGUUACCAAAAUGGUGUACAAGCAAUUUUUCAAAAGGAAGUACCAAAAGCAUUAUACACACAUUGUUAUAACCACCGUUUAAAUUUAGUUAUUGUGGACGUUUGUAAAAAUAUUCCAGAAAUUGAACAAUUUAUAACACUUCUUCAACAGUUGUAUAAUUUUGUAAGCAGAUCUACUGUACAUAUGGUUUUUUUGGAUCACCAGAAAAAAAUUUUUCCUAAAAAGAAUACUAUUGAACUAAAAAAGUUAUGCGAAACCAGAUGGAUUUGUCAGAUAUCAGCAUGUGUUGCUGUAAGAGAAACGUUUUCAGUUAUACUAUUACUACUAAAUAAAAUCAGUGUGGAAUCAAAAUCUGAUAAAAGUAUGGAGGCAAAAUCCAUUUUAGUACACAUUAAUUUUGAAUUUAUUUUUUGUUUACAUCUCUUUUGUGAUACAUUUAGUCAAAUAAAAAUUGUAUCUGAUUAUUUACAAUUACCCAAUUCAGAUAUAGGAACUAGUUGCUUAAUGGUUGAAUCAUUAAUUGAUUAUCUUAAGGAAUUUCGAACAGUUGAUAGAUUAUUUAAUGUGCUUUUGGAAAAAGUUGUUUUGUUUGCGGAAAAUAAUAACAUUCUAUUGCCUGAAGAAAACAUAAUGUGUAAAAGAACUAAUCGUAAAUUGCCUGUUAGAUUUGCAUCUUAUAUUACAGAACUACCGACAUCUGAAAAUAGUACGGUUAUGUGCAAGAAUGAUGUAAAGAUAAUCAUAUUUAAUCCUGUAAUUGAUAGAAUGAUCAAUGAACUACAAUGUAGAUUUUCUGAUAAUAAUCCAAUAUUAUCUGGUAUAAGUUCCUUAAAUCCUCAAAAUAAAUCCUUUUUAGACUUUCAAAAAUUAUUACCUUUUGCUAAGCAUUAUGAUGUUGAUAUUGAAAGCUUGGAAUCUGAAUUUAAGUUAAUACCCAAACUCAUAAAAAGACAUCAGAUAGAAAAAAAAACUAAAAUUAACACUAUACUCGAUUUCAUUAAAUUAUUAGAAUAUUACAAAUUGGCAUUUUCUGAACUAUAUUUACUAUGUACCAUAGCAAUUAUCAUACCUCCUUCCAGUGCCGGAGUGGAGAGAACUUUUUCUAGCCUCCGACAAAUUAAAACUUAUUUAAGAAAUAAAAUGAUUAACUCAAGACUAACAGAUAUAGCAAUUCUUUCAAUUGAAAAAAACAUUUCCAAAAAUCUAGAUAUGGAAAAGGUUGUGGACAAGUUUUCUGCUGCUCAUCACAAUCGAAAAAUAAUGCUUAUUUAA